AUGCCACCCACCAGUGCCAGCGCCAAGCUCCCGGACAGCCGAUGCCGGCCCCACAGACAGGCGCCGCACUUGGCCUCCAGUGACUCAGUUCCCUUCCUGGCAAGGGUCCGGCAGUGGAGGAGGGGCCGUCACACACGGGAUGAGAGCUGGCCCCAAUGGGAGCCCAGGCUGGCUCCCCACCGCCGGAGCUGUCUUGGUGCCCAGGCCUUUGCCAGGAUCGAAGCCGGCGCCGAGGGAGUUGGGUCUCGCAGCCUCUGCACCUGCCAGAUGCUCUCCCUGGACGCGCUGGGCCCCGAGUGGGACUGCCCGCUGGGCUCCAAGGAUGUGGAGGAAGAGGAGGGCCCAUGGGGAGGGGGCUCCGGCCUGCCGCCCACCAGCUGCUUCCCCGGCUCCUGGCGCCAGGACGUGGGCCUGGACUGCAAGGGCUCCCCGGAGGGGGCUGAGGCCCGGGCCUGGACUGUCCAUCACUACAGCCUCCUGCAGAGCUGUCUACAGCAAGCUGGGCUCCCGGAGACUCAGGACCGCAGCCAGGUGCCCCGCACAGGUUGCCCCGGGGCCGAGGUGACCUUGUGCAUUCUGGGGUCCCCCAGCACCUUUCUGUCCGUGCUGCUGGAGGGGGGCGUCCAGAGCCCGGGGAACAUGCUCCUUUGCCUGUCCCCUGCUUGGCUGACGAAGGUGCCCACACCGGGGCAGCCGGGUGAGGCGGCGCUGCUGGUCUCCAAGGCCGUGAGCUUCCACCCGGGGGGCCUGACAUUCCUGGAUGACUUUGUCCCUCCUCGCCGGGCCACCUACUUCCUGGCGGGCCUGGGGCUGGGGCCUGGCCUAGGCCGGGAGGCAGCCGAGCUGGCCCGCAACCUGAGCUGCCCCACAGGCGCGUCCGAGGAGCUGGCCCGGCUGCUGGAGGAUCGGCUGCUGAUGCGACGGCUGCUGGCCCAGCAGGGCACCGUGGCCGUGCCAGCCACCCUGGCUUUCGCCUACAAGCCGCCGGGGCUGCUGCGGGGAGGGGCUGCCAGCCCUGGGCUGCGGCUGGUGGAGUUGAGUGGCAAGGAGGGCCAGGAAACCCUGGUGAAAGAGGAAGUGGGCGCUUUUCUGCGCUCCGAGGCCCUGGGCGCUGCCCUGCAGGUGGUGGUGAAGCUCAGCGGCUGGCGCUGGCGGGGGCAGCAGGCUUUGCGCCUGCACCCGCGGGCCGAGCCGGGCGCCGUGGCGGACACGGUGCUGGUCUUGCUGGAGAAGCUGGAGGAGGAGGAGAGCGUCCUGGUGGAGGCCGUGUGCCCGCCUGCCUGGCUGCCCCUCCCAGGCGGCCCCUCGCCGGGCCCUGAGCUGGCUGUGCGCAUCUGUGCUGUGGUGUGUCGGACCCAGGGGGACAGGCCUCUGCUGAGCAAAGUGGUGUGCGGCGUGGGCCGCGGGGACAGGCCGCCGCGGCACCAGAGCUCCGUGCCCCGGACCCUGGAGGUGGCCCUGGCCCAGUGCGGCCUGGGCGAGGCGGCGCAGGUGGAGGCCGUGAGGCAGCGCGUCAAGGCGGCGGCCGAGGCCGCGAUGGCCGCCGUGCUGGCCCUGGAGGCCGGCCUGAGCGCCGAGCAGCGCGGGGGGCGUCGGGCCCGCACCGACUUCCUCGGCGUGGACUUCGCCCUGACGGUGGCCGGCCGCGCGCUGACCCCCGUGGCCCUGGAGCUGAACGGCGGCCGGUGUCUGGAGGCGUGCGGGGCGCUCGAGGCGCUGUGGGCCGCGCCGCGCCUGGGGCCGGCGGCGGAGGAGCCGGCGGCCGCGCCGCUCGUGGAGACCAUGCUCCGGCGCUCGGCGCGCUACCUCAUGGAGGGCAAGCAGCUGCUGCUCGUGGGCGCCGGCGGCGUCAGCAAGAAGUUCGUGUGGGAGGCGGCGCGCGACUACGGGCUCAAGCUGCACCUGGUGGAGUCGGACCCCAACCACUUUGCGUCCCAGCUGGUGCACACCUUCAUCCACUUCGACGUGACGGAGCACCGGCGGGACGAGGAGAAUGCGCGGCGGCUGGCGGAGCUGGUGCGGGCGCGCGGCCUGCAGCUGGACGGCUGCUUCUCCUACUGGGACGACUGCCUGGUGCUCACGGCCCUGCUGUGCCAGGAGCUGGGUCUGCCCUGCAGCCCCCCGGCCGCCAUGCGCCUGGCCAAGCAGAAGAGCCGCACCCAGCUGCACCUGCUGCGCUGCCGCGGCCCGCCCUGGCCCGCGCCCUCGCUGCACGCCGUGCCCUGCUGCCCGCUGGAGAGCGAGGCUGACGUGGAGAGAGCCGUGCGCCAGGUGCCCCUGCCCGGCGUCAUGAAGCUGGAGUUCGGGGCCGGCGCGGUGGGCGUGCGGCUGGUGGAGGACGCCCCACAGUGCCGGGAGCACUUCUCCAGAAUCGUCCGCGACCUGCAGGCCGAGGCCGACCACCCGGGCAUCGGGCUGGGCUGGGGCAACGCCAUGUUGCUGAUGGAGUUCGUGGAGGGCACUGAGCACGACGUGGACCUGGUGCUGUUUGGCGGGCGCCUGCUGGCUGCCUUCGUCUCCGACAACGGCCCCACGCGGCUGCCCGGCUUCACGGAGACGGCGGCCUGCAUGCCCACGGGGCUGGCGCCGGAGCAGGAGGCCCAGAUGGUGCAGGCCGCCUUCCGCUGCUGCCUGGGCUGUGGGCUGCUGGACGGGGUCUUCAACGUGGAGCUCAAGCUGACCAGCGCGGGGCCCCGGCUCAUCGAGAUCAACCCCCGCAUGGGCGGCUUCUACCUGCGCGACUGGAUCCUGGAGUUGUACGGUGUGGACUUGCUGCUGGCCGCCGCCAUGGUGGCCUGUGGCCUGCGGCCGGCCGUGCCCCCCCACCCCCGCGCGCGGGGCCACCUCGUGGGCGUCAUGUGCCUGGUGUCCCAGCACCUGCAGACGCUCAGCUCCCCCGCCAGCCGCGAGACCCUGCAGGCCCUGCACGACGGGGGCCUGCUGCGCCUGAACCUGCUGGAGGAGGCGCUGGUGCCCGGCGAGUAUGAGGAGCCCUACUGCAGCGUGGCCUGCGCCGGGCCCAGCCCCGCCGAGGCCCGCCUGCGCCUGCUGGGCCUCUGCCAGGGCCUGGGCAUCGACAGGCCCAGCUACCCGGUGGCCCACUUCCUGUCUCACUUCAAAUAGCACUGGGGCCAGGGGGCAGGGACCAAGUGCUGGGGGAGGCGCCCCGAGGCUCUCCCUGCCUCUCCCUCUAGCCCCCCUCCCCCCAGGGCUCUUUCCCAGCCCCGCCCGGCCUGCCCUGGGGCCUGCGGGACCCCCAAGCCUGCUGGUCUCGAGGGCCACAGAAGCUUGGAGGUGGGGGCUGCUGGGCCUCCUUGCCCUUCCCUAAGGCCCAGUGCAUCCCCAGGAUUCUGGCCUUGUAGGUGUGACAGCAACUGCGUGCGCAUGUGCGCACACACACACACACACACACACUGCUGCCACCCCCCAGCCCUUCCCAGGUGCAAAUGGGCCAACCCGCCUCUCUUCAGCACCCCUCCAGGCCGGCUCCCUCCCUGCCACCUACAGGAAGGGAGCGAUCCUGGCUUUGGGACCUGAAUUCCAGGCUAGUUCCAAGUUUCUGGCCCAGUGAGCAGUGGAAGCAGUGACCAGAGGCCAGAGGCGGCAGUGCCUCUCUCUCCUCGUGCCCCCAGGGCAGACACGGCCGCCCCCAUCCUCCAGGCGAGCAAAUGAGCUCACAAAGGAAACGCGGCUGCCCUACGAUGACACCACCGCGGGCGGAGGGUCACGGGACACCAGGAACGCCGGGUUUUGCCUUUUACUAAGUCUUAACGCGCAACUCCGCUUCCAGGCACUGUGACUGCUGUGCCCGAGUCGUUGUGAACGCCUCCCUCCAUGCCCCAGGCUCCCCCCCAGGCUCCCCCAGCCCCCCACCCCUAGCGUCUGCGCUUCGGCCUCCGGCAGGCACCUGCCCCUGAGUUCAGCAGGGAGACUGAAGACCUGCGCAGCACGGGGCCCGCGCACGGCGGCCCACACUCCCUUCCCCAAUAAAGGCUGAUACACUA